AUGAGCUCAAUUGAGUUGGCGGGCUUGAGCCGCAGGAUCCGCUCCGUGAGGAGAAGUUUGAGAAGACAGCUGGAUGAGUCGCAAGGCUCAUGGAGCGGCCUCUCUGCUUCAUGCGUGAGACAGGCGCUCCUGGUCUACCUUUGGAGCCAAGCAAAGACGUCGCAUCAUGCUUUGGACGCCGCGGCUACCUACCUCGCUCGCGCUGCUCCUCUGGUGAUUGUGCAGGUGGCCGUGUCGGCGAAGAAUGCCUUCGAUGCUUUGUUUGCCGCUACUUCGGCAGCGUUGAUGGCUCGGUUGAGCACAGACCCACCUGCAUCGGAGCUGUACCGGGCUUGUGAUUUCAUUAUACAAUACCUGCUUCAUGAUUGGGUCAGGUCUCAAAAUGUCGAGUAUGGAGUGGCCCCCACAAGGCAGCAGUUAGUAAGACAGGCUUUGCUCUUUGUUCCGGACGGCCUUCCAGAGGCUGUAGAGAACCGCCUGUGUUUGCCUUUCUAUGGUGGCCCUCCAUCCCAACGGGCAUAUUUGAGACGUUUUCGGAAAGCUUGGAACGGGCGCAUAGGCACCUUACCUGUCACAGCUUCUUUGCCAAUCCAUGUGUUGCAGGAGAAGGCCUAUUCUUUUUACCGGUGGGCCAACUGCAUCCCGCCAGACAAUAUUUUGGUCAACAUGGAUGAAUGUUCUUUGGCUGUGCACGUGGAAGGGUGCCGAGGUACUGUUUUGCGGUCUGUACGUGGUGCAGUGCGAGCAUCUUUGAGUACCCAGAGGUCCCGGAUGACGCUCUUAGCAUCAGUGUCUACAGACUUCGGUUUCAACGCAAUCUUGCCGCAGGUUAUCAUUGCCAACAAGACCCAGUUUCCCAUCAAAUUUAUGAAGUUCUUGGAUCCGGCAAUCACGGAUCGAUUGAAAAUUUGGCGUGGUGCCACCGCAUGGAAUACUGCUGCAUUCAUGUGUGUUGUUUCCCGAGAAGCAUGGCUACGUGUGAUGGCCACUGCAGUGGAGACAGUGCUUUCGCAUCGAGAUUGGCAGCGGGCUUUUGAAGGAACUGGAGUGACCAAGCAGCAGAAUUGCAUAUCGUCGCAUGCAUUGAAAGCCUUGCAAUGGGAUGAGUGUCCAAAGAUUCCAGCUGGGCGCCCUAGUGUGGGGCAAGCAUCGUGUAUCUUCCCAAGCCGCGGUGCUGGAAGUGGCAACAUUGAAGCAUGGGUGAAAGAGUGCGCUGGUGAUGACAGCUUAAUUCCAUACAUCCGCUCAUGGAGCGGCCUCUCUGCUUCAUGCGUGAGACAGGCGCUCCUGGUCUACCUUUGGAGCCAAGCAAAGACGUCGCAUCAUGCUUUGGACGCCGCGGCUACCUACCUCGCUCGCGCUGCUCCUCUGGUGAUUGUGCAGGUGGCCGUGUCGGCGAAGGAUGCCUUCGAUGCUUUGUUUGCCGCUACUUCGGCAGCGUUGAUGGCUCGGUUGAGCACAGACCCACCUGCAUCGGAGCUGUACCGGGCUUGUGAUUUCAUUAUACAAUACCUGCUUCAUGAUUGGGUCAGGUCUCAAAAUGUCGAGUAUGGAGUGGCCCCCACAAGGCAGCAGUUAGUAAGACAGGCUUUGCUCUUUGUUCCGGACGGCCUUCCAGAGGCUGUAGAGAACCGCCUGUGUUUGCCUUUCUAUGGUGGCCCUCCAUCCCAACGGGCAUAUUUGAGACGUUUUCGGAAAGCUUGGAACGGGCGCAUAGGCACCUUACCUGUCACAGCUUCUUUGCCAAUCCAUGUGUUGCAGGAGAAGACAAUAUUUUGGUCAACAUGGAUGAAUGUUCUUUGGCUGUGCACGUGGAAGGGUGCCGAGACUGUUUUGCGGUCUGUACGUGGUGCAGUGCGAGCAUCUUUGAGUACCCAGAGGUCCCGGAUGACGCUCUUAGCAUCAGUGUCUACAGACUUCGGUUUCAACGCAAUCUUGCCGCAGGUUAUCAUUGCCAACAAGACCCAGUUUCCCAUCAAAUUUAUGAAGUCCUUGGAUCCGGCAAUCACGGAUCGAUUGAAAAUUUGGCGUGGUGCCACCGCAUGGAAUACUGCUGCAUUCAUGUGUUCCUAUUUGCGUCUUCUACAUGAAAAUUGGCAAUCUUACUGCCCUGAAAAGCCUUUGACGCUCCUCUUCGACUGUGCUGCAUGCCACCUCCAUUCUACUGUGAGGUCAUUGGCCAAAACAUUGGGGUUGCAGGUCCUAGUGGUGCCGGCUGGUGCUACCGGUACACUUCAACCGCUUGAUGCAUAUAUUUUUCGCACCCUACGCUGUGAGAUCCGGCGGCAGUGGACGCAGACAAAGAGCGAAGCUGCUGAAGGUGUUGUUUCCCGAGAAGCAUGGCUACAUGUGAUGGCCACUGCAGUGGAGACAGUGCUUUCGCAUCGAGAUUGGCAGCGGGCUUUUGAAGGAACUGGAGUGACCAAGCAGCAGAAUUGCAUAUCGUCGCAUACAUUGAAAGCCUUGCAAUGGGAUGAGUGUCCAAAGAUUCCAGCUGGGCGCCCUAGUGUGGGGCAAGCAUCGUGUAUCUUCCCAAGCCGCGGUGCUGGAAGUGGCAACAUUGAAGCAUGGGUGAAAGAGUGCGCUGGUGAUGACAGCUUAAUUCCAUACAUCCGAACCUUGAACUGA